AAACACACAGACACACACACAGACACACAAACAGCAGCCAGCUGGAGGACUCCGCUCGCGCAUGCGCUGUGCGAACAUCCCAGUAUGAAGAAGAGAGCAGUGCACAAGUAGCGCGAGAGAUGAAGACUCCGCCGGAGAGGUCAGGAAUCAUCUUCGAGGUCGGAGCUCAGUUAGAAGCCCGAGACCGCCACAAGAAAUGGUACCCGGCCACCAUCGAGAAAAUCGACUACGACAAAGAGCGGGUCCUGAUCCACUACCGUCAGUGGAGCCGCAGACACGACGAAUGGUUUCACUGGAGCUCGCCGUACCUGCGGCCGCUGGAGCGAGUCAGCCUGAGGAGGCAGGGCAUCAAUCCACCGUGCUCUCAGCCGGUGUUUGUAUCGGGUACGAAGGUCCUGGCCUGUUGGACAGACUGUCGGUUCUACCCGGCCAAAAUCCUCAGGGUCAACCGGGACGACUCCUACACGGUGCGUUUCUACGACGGCGUCGUUCGGACUGUGAAGCCCACCAAAGUAAAACCCUUCCAGGAAAAGUCCAGGUCUGAGAAGAGUGCGCUGGGAAGCGAGGGAUGGGAGGAAGGGGAGAGCGAGGAGGAGGAGGAUGGUAGAGAGAGAGAGGAGGAAGAGGAGAAGAAAGAGGAGGACAUGGAGGAGAAGGUGACGUCAGAGGAGAAGGAUGGAGCUGAGGAGGAGGAGGAGAGGAAGAGGAAGGCAGAGCCGUCAUCCUCCCAUCCACCAGCAAAGAAGAAAACAGACGACAGCAGGAGCAGCGGAGCUCAGAGUGAGCCGAUCACUGCCGACUGCACCCAGCCGGCUCCUUCUGACCCCGGCCACGUCGACAGAGACGUCCUGUUGGAGCGUCAGGCCCACCUUCCCACCACACACAAAUUCAGCAGAGAGCCACUGUACCGGGUCAUAAAGAACCAGCCUCCUCCCAUCCUCUCCAUUGAGUUGGACCACAACCCCUUCAAGUGUCCCGCUGCGGGCUGCACCAAGUCCUUCAGGAAGGCGAGUCUGCUGCACUACCACAUCAAGUACUACCACUCCGACCAGCAGCUGGACGAGCCAGGCAGCGAGCAGGAGGCGCCGAGGAGGAAGCGGUCGUCUGAGAUGAAUAAUGAGGACCAGAACAAUAGCUGUCACCAUGACGACAGAGAGCACAGCGCCAUGGGAACAGAAGUGAAGAAGGACGGAGAAAGGGAGAAAGCAGGAGGGCAGGACAGAAAGGAGAGGAAGAACUUCCUGAGAGUCAAACUGAAGAAGAAGAAAAAGAAGAAGAAGAAGAGGAGGAGUCAGUCAGGAGGACUCGGCAGCAGCGAUGACGAGAACUCAGACAGACCUCCGAUCACUCUGAAGCUGUCCUCUGAGCAUCACAACACACACACGCAAGAAACUGUUUGGCGCUUCAGUGUGAACGGAGCCUCAGACUCACCGUCAUCAGAUUUGAAUCCAGCUGCUCGCUCAGUGUGGACGAUUCAAAUCAGCUCGUGCUGGUUGGACAUGCCCACAGCUGGUAUGACCCGGCUGGUUCGCUCCAGGACUCACUCGGCCUCCAGCGUCGGCUCCACAGACGGCGUCCGGAGCCGCAGUGCCACCAACACACUGCCAGAGGGCGCUAACUCCACCAGCCCCGAGCACACUGCGGCACAAACCAUCCAGAUGACUGCGUAG